AUGGACGAACGUUCAUCAUCUGACAAUGAUAAGACUGACUGUGAAGAAGAUGACGAGGAUGGGAUUUCGGAUACCUUUUAUGUAGAAAAUAAUGAAGACGAUUUGGAGGAGGGCGAUAUCAGAUCAAAGACUACUGAAGCGGUCAUAGAAUCGAACCUGGUUAAGGAGACUACGUCUCUGACGGACACCCCGAUGGAGGUGGUUGACCGUAGAAUCGAAAGCGAUAGUCGUGGGGAACCUCAAAGAGACGACACAGAUAUGGUGGCGAAUAGUAAUGGGGGUCUUGGUGGGUCACCUAGUGGGAUUCUAAAGAAUCUAAAUAACCUUGCUAAAACUGGGUGCUUUGGGCCCUUUCCAAAUAAUAUGGGUUUGAACGUGAUCCAAACGGGUGGGCAAGAUGUUAACUUUGAUAGUGCCCAAGAUAAAAAGAGAAGAAUAUUUAUAAAUGUCAAUGAUACUCCUAUCGCUUCUUCUGACCCUUCUGUGCCUCAUGCCUCCUUAGAUCUAAAUAAAUGCCUAAGUCCUACCCACGUUCCUCUCCCAGACACUGUGCCUAAGUCCUACCCACGUUCCUCUCCCAGACACUAUGGUUGA